ACCACUGGGCCCGGUUCCCAGGUGGGCUGGGCUAAGUUGCAUGCAGGGAUCUCUCGGAAACGCGGGGCUUCUUGAAGGCUCCACUUAGCUCCAGAAGCAGCCAAGGGUCUUUGGCAUCCUGGUGUCGUCAAUGUGGAAGGUUUGAUCUUUCUGGUCCGAAGACAUUGCUGGUUGGCUUCGGUCUCCACCGAGCCCGCCUUUCAAGGCAGAGGAAGAAUGUUGGUCAUAGAUGAUCGUUCACUCGUGAGGAUUUCGGGAGUGGGGAAGUGAUAUCCCUACAUUUGGCAUCUUUGAGAGCUAGUCAUUUUCUGAAUAUGUGUGUGUGGAAUGGGUCCUGUUAACCAGAUCCAGGGGAGGAAGCCUGAAGAAGAAUGGCCAGCUCCACUUCUCACCACAUGGUCUGUGGGUCAGUGACACUUAGGGAUGUGGCUGUUGAGUUCUCUCAGGAGGAGUGGGCCUGCCUGGAUGCUGCUCAGAAGGCCCUAUACAGGGACACGAUGUUGGAGACCUACAGCAACCUCGUGGCAGUGGUGGGAAGCUGCAUUUCCAAGCCCGAUCUGAUCGUCUUACUGGAGCAGCAGAAAGAGCCCUGGAUGGCUGUGAAGGAAGAAACACACAGGCUGAGCCCAGAUUUGGAAGCAGACUAUAAUGCUGAAAAUAUAUCACCAGAAAAUCAUAUUUAUAAUAAAAAUUUGCCCAAUCAGACCAUAAAGCAAUUAAAUAAAACUUUUGACUUCAAGAGCUCUACAUUCAAGGCUCUGCAGAAUUGCCAAGAAGGAAAUGUUGAACAAAAUACUAUUAACAAGGCAGAAAUGCCUCCUUAUUCCUGCCAGACUCUUGCUCACAACAUAGAAAAGCCAUAUGAAUGUAAAGCGUGUGGGAAGAGCUUUGGUUGUAGGUCAGCUCUUACUCAGCAUCAGAGUAUUCAUACUGGAGAGAAGCCCUAUGAAUGUAAGGAGUGUGGGAAGGCCUUCAGACUCCACCAGGUGCUUAGAAGACAUCAGAUGUGUCACAGUGGUGAGAAACCUUACAAAUGUAAGGAAUGUAGAAAAACUUUUCAUCUUCCUGUACUGCUCAAGUACCAUAAAACUGUUCAUACAAGCACAAGACCAUUUGAAUGUGAGCAGUGUGGCAAGUCCUUCAAGCGUGUCUCCCACCUUGUUGAACAUAGGAUCAUUCAUGUUGAUGUGACACCCUAUGAAUGUAAUCUAUGUGGAAAAGCCUUUAAACGUCGCAACAGCCUCAUGCAGCAUCAGAAAAUUCAUUCUGGUGAGAGGCCCUUUCAGUGUGAGGACUGUGGGAAGGGCUUCACUGUUCUGACUCAGCUCACUCGGCACCAGAGCAUUCACACUGGAGAGAAGUUGUUUGAAUGUGAGCAGUGUGGCAAGAAAUUCAGAACUGGCUCACAACUAGUUCAGCACCAGAGGAUUCAUACAGGUGAGAAACCCUUUGAGUGUAAUGUAUGUGGGAAGGCUUUUAGGCUUCAGGUGUACCUCUCUGAGCAUCAGAAAACUCACAUGGAAGAGAAACCUUUCAAGUGUAAGCUCUGUGGGUCAGCCUUCGGACGUAAGUACCAACUUAAUGAACAUCGGAGAACUCAUUGUGCUGUGAAACUCUACCAAUGCAUGGAAUGUGGGAAAUUCUUUGGUCGCAGGUCAAAUUUUACUGAACAUCAGAGUAUUCACACUGGAAAGAAACCCUUCCAGUGUGAAGAAUGUGGGAAGUUCUUUAGACUUAGUACACUUCUCAUCCAUCAUCAGAAGUCUCACAGUGGUGAGAGACCUUAUGAGUGCAAAGACUGUGGAAAGGCUUUCCUUCUUCCCAGUGAGCUUAAUAACCAUAAAAUUGUUCAUACAAGCAAAAGACCCUUUGAGUGCAAGAUGUGUGGGAAGUCCUUCAAGCGUGAAUCCACUCUGGUUCAGCAUAGGAUUAGUCAUGGUGGUGUGAGACCGUAUGAAUGCAGUGAAUGUGGCAAAGCCUUUAUUCAUUGCUCAAACCUAUUGCAGCAUCGCAAGAUUCAUUCUGGUGAGAAACCCUUUCGGUCGGAAUGUGGAAAGGCCUUCGUUGUUCUGGAAAACCUUGUUCGGCACCAGAGCAUCCAUAUUGGAGAGAAAUCAUUCAAAUGUCAGCAGUGUGGGUCAGCCUUCAGACUUAAGUCCCAACUCAGUAAGCAUCAGAUAAUUCAUUCUGAUGUGAAACUCUUUGACUGUGUGCAAUGUGGAAAGGACUUUGUUUGUGGAACAGCCCUUAGAAUUCAUCAGAGAAUCCAUACUGGUAAGAAUCCCUUUUAAUGUAAAGAAUGUGGGGGUGCUUUUCAAUAUCAUUACCAAUUUCUUGGGCAUUUUAGAAUUCAUACUGGCAAGAACCCUUAAUGAAUGUAAAGAUUGUGGGAAGUACUUUCCUCGUGGUAGAGACCUUAAAAUACAUCAAAAGAUUCACACUGUUGAAAUACCUUAAUGAGGUUAAAAUAUGGGAAGACCUUUAGUUGAACAUUAAACUUGGUUUGGCAUACUAAAUUUAAUAUUAAGAAGCUGGAAAAGAUCCUCAGCAGUUCUAAGCUAGUUAUAUAUCAUACAAUUUCAACUUGUGAGAAAGUCUAUCAAUAUAAGAAAGGCAGGAAAAUGUUUAGAUUUAGUUCACCUAAUUCAUAUUGAUUGAAACCCUUAUGAAUAAAAAAAAUUUUUUUGAUAAGUUGGAGCUCAGCCUUCUUCAACAUAAAAGAUUCCAUGGUGGUGUCAAACACUAUGAAUGCAAGGAAUGUGGGAAUUUAUAGACUUAGCUCUUAAAUCUUAUUAGAGAGUCCAUAUAGGUCUGAAACCCUGACACUUGGAAGACUCAGUAAAAGUCUUUAUUGGAAAUGAUGAACAUCCAUAAUUCCCAGGAGUCCUAUACAAGUAAGGAAGGUGGACAAGCCAUUGUGUGGAAAUUUUACUGAAUAUGAGAGAGCUCAUAUUGGGAAGAAUGUGACUUAAAAGAACGUGGGACCUUUAAUCUGCCCGAGGACUUGGUCAAUAGCAGGGUAUUCAUAUCUUGUUAAUGCAAAGAAACCUUUUAUAAUGAGAAAGUGGGAAGUUGUUUUUUCAGAGAAGAUAUUCUCUUAAGAAUGCAUUUUAAUGUCAGAAAUAUAGAGUAGUGAUCAUGUUCUUGAUUUACCCUCUUCUUAUUAGUUGUAUAAAUAUACAUUUAUACAUUUUAUUUAUACAUUUCUCAUUUAUACAUUUAUCAAUAGUCACCCAGGACAGUCAACUUAGGGAGAGCAGUUACUGGAACUAGGUUUAUCUGAGCUGUCUUCAUUGUCACCAUUAACAUCCCGUGGCUCUUGAUAUUACACAGAAUGUUUACUUUGUUUUUGCAUACUUUGUUUUUGGGGAGCACAGGAACAACUAAAGUUGUGGCAACAGAGUUAUAAGAGAUAAAAUUAUUGAGAGUAUUUGGUCAAUGCCUAUGUUCUAUAAAGUAGCUUCUACAGUGUUCUUGCUCUUAUUGGCAUUAAUAUAACUUAUAUGAAAAGCUAAUUGUACUUCAGGGAGUUUAGAAAAUCCUCAUUCACUAUUAAAUUUAAAAUAACUUCAUCCUGGAGAUAUCUAAGAGAUGAAAAGGAACAUGAAAGGCUUUGAAUUGUAAGUCAAUUCCUUACGUAUAUUUGUGGAGGUUUUAAAAAACACAAUUAUUUUUGAAUACGUACUUUCAAAAGGGGUGAAACCCAUAAAAGAAUUCAAAAGAUAAAACUAAUGUAUGCUCUUGGCCCACAUAUGAAGAUAAACUAUAUAUUUGUGAUAGAGCCAGUACAUCUAUAGGAUGUACCAUCUCUUAUUCUUGCUUAGGCCAUUUCAGGCUUGAUUAGAAUUUGAUUGGCCUGAUGGAGAAUCUUGUGGAAAAUUACCCAACUCUGUUCUAGGAACUGGAGGUCAAAUUGCCUUUGCUAAUUUGUCUUGGCUUCUGUUACAUGCCCUUUGUGUUUAAAACUCCCUGUUCAGCUAACUGCUUAUCUUGGCUUCUGUUAAACUGCCUGCUCAACCAAAAGCUCUCCCUGCAGCUGCUGAGCAAGAUAACAGGAUAUGGGUUUUCCUCUAAGUGCUUAGAGGUAUACUUGGGUUCCAAAUACCAGAAUGUACUCAGAGCUGACUGGAAUAAAGACUGUCAAUUGGCUAUACACUGUAUCUGA